AUGGCAUCUACAGUUGAUUCUAUGGUCUCGAUCGACCGGAAUUAUCUGGAUACCCUCAUCAGAAGGGCUCAGUUGGUAUUGACCUGUGACGACUCCAACUAUCAAGAGGAUAAUGUUGAAAAGCAGGUCACUUCACCACGCGAGGCUCCUCGGAAUGAGAUUCAGCGCCCAAUCAGCCAGCCACGCGUGACGACUGCCAUGGCUACGCGAGGAAAUCAAACCUCAAGCCGACCUCCUAUACAGCAACUUGCCAAGCGUGAGUGGGCUGAGGAGGAGCCUGUCACCCUCGAUGAAUCUGAGCCGACAAUCUCUCCCGUUGAGCCUGAGCUUAAGCCUGAACAUGGGUUUGUGAAUCAGAAUGAUUCCCAGUUGCCUAUGCGGCCUCGGUUCGAGCGCUUGGCCACGCGGACUGUCUUGAUCUCGAACCUCGCCGAAGGCACAACUCACGCGGAUGUCGUUGGCGUUGUGCGUGGUGGUCAGCUCCUGGACAUCUUCAUGAGACCCUACGACCGUACUGCCCAUGUGUCUUUCCUCCAUGGCACUGACGCAGCGGCCUUCAUUGAGCAUACCCGGCGCCACGAUCUAUACAUCAGACAGAAAAGAGUUGAUGUUCGAUGGAGUGAUCGACACUUCACUUUGCCUGGCCAUGUUGCGAGUAAGCUCAGCAUUGGUGCUAGUCGCAAUCUCAUCCUUCGACGAUGCGAUCCGAAGCUCACCGAAGAGGAGAUUCGCGAUGAUAUGGAGCACAUCCACAACUUGGUUGUCAUUGCUGUCAGUUUCCGAGGCGGAAGCUGCUACAUCAACACGAACUCUGUGCAUAAUGCCAUGUUUGCGCGGACCUGCAUGAUGAGUCGAUUCAAAUACAAGGGAUCUAAAAUCGAGUGGGACGUCGAUGAAUGCGCGCAGCCCUUGCCUACCGAAUCUCAUCGAGUCCAGACUCAAGUACCCCCGACCAGACGCCCAAUGAAUCCCAUGGCCAACCGUUUCGAGCUUUUGAGGUUGGAAAAGGCUGAGGAAGACGAGGAAAACCUUCGGCCGAACUUUCACACCAGCUCCCCGCUGAAGAUUGUGGUUUGA